AUGAAGAGGCAACGAAUUGAUCUUAUAAUCUUCGGUGCGAGCGGUUAUACUGGGCGGUUUGUGGUAUCAGAAAUGCUUAGAAUAUGCCAAAAAUACCCAAACAUAAAGUGGGCUAUCGCCGGAAGAAGCAAGGAAAAAUUGGAAGCCACUCUACAGUAUGCUAAAAACAAUGGUGAAAAUAUAAGUGGAAUAGAAAUAAUAACAGCAGACGCAGAGAACGAUGAGUCUCUUAAAGCGAUGUGUUCCCAGUGCAAAAUCGUGAUGAACUGCAGUGGGCCUUUUUUGAAAUAUGGAGACGCUCUUGUUAAAGCUGCAAUAGAUUGUAAGACGCACUACAUUGACGUAUGCAGCGAGGGAAUGUUUUUAGACCAAGUUUUGGCAAAGUAUGACGCAAUGGCCCAAGAGGCUAAUGUGUUUGUCAUUAAUGCUUGUGGAAUGGGUUGUCUGCCUGCUGAUCUUGGCGUUGUCUUCAUGCAGCAGCAAUUCCAAGGAACAUUAAAUUCAGUUGAAGCUUACUUAACUACUAAACUGAAAAUGGUGAACAGUUGGCCGAAAAAUAUUAUGAGGGACAGUACUUGGGAAGCCACAAUUCAGGAAACCGCUAAAAAACCAAUAUGGAAGCGUGAAGAUAAUUUUAGUUACACGAUAGAUAAUAAAUAUAGACUAAAACCAAGGCGAUGUAUUCACAAGAAGUUUGACCGCUGGUGUGUGCCAUUCCCCGGGACAGAAGAAACAGUUGUCAAACGGACACAAAGUUAUUUUCAAACACAGCGGCCGGUACAAUUCAAACGUUAUCAUUCCCUACCGUCCUUGUUAGCGUCACUUGCUACUAUCAUUGGUGGAUACUUACUUCUCAUACUGCUAAAAGUAUUUUCCUUAUCCGAUUUAUUUAUUAAGUACCCGAGACUUUUUUCUCUGGGCUUUGUAACUUACGGAGAUCCGGAUGAAAAGGUUAUGGAGACGCUCGUGUUCGAUUACCAGAUGGUUGGGCUUGGAUGGAAGGGAGAAGUUCAAGGUCCUCCCAGGGAUGAAAUCAUAGCCAGAAUUUAUCCGGUAGGUAAGAAAAAUGCUCCAUACGAAGGAACCGCUGUAGCUGUCAUAUAUUCUGCCCUAACUCUACUUACUGAGAGAGACAAAAUGCCUGCCAAAUGCGGAGUUAUGACGCCCGGCGCCGCAUUCAAAUCAACAACUUUAAUUGAAAAAUUGACAAAUGACAAUUUGAAAUUUGAAAUAAUACGAAAAUAG